UCCGCUCAACCAAACAACCAAACACACUGUAAGGGAUGACUAGUGAAAACCGGUGAAAACAGACACAAAAUAACAAGUACUGUCGUCCGUGAAAUGUAAGAGAGCUUUUAAACGACAGACAGAUUUUCCAUUCAUACGUCCUUUACGUACUCUCUUCUUCUUCUUCUUCUUCUUCUUCUUCUUCUCUCUAAGGUUCGAAUUUUAAUCCAGUUGAAAAAUGGUAUCCGCCGAGGAUUGUCCUGAAGCUGAAUCAACGGAGAAGUCGUUGGCAAGUAAUGAAGGAUUGGAUGACAAAUACAGUGUUGAAGCAGCUGAAAUUCGAGCCAACGAAGCGUUGCGUUUGCCUAUCUCAGAGGCCGCUCCGAUAUACGAGCAGCUCCUCACAGUGUUUCCCACUGCUGCAAAAUAUUGGAAGCAAUAUGUGGAGGGACAUAUGGCUGUAAAUAAUGACGAUGCAACAAAACAUAUUUUUAGCCGAUGUUUGCUGAAUUGUCUUCAAGUUCCACUUUGGCGGUGCUACAUCAGAUUCAUCAGAAAUGCCAAUGACAAGAAAGGGGUAGAGGGUCAAGAAGAAACUAGAAAGGCAUUUGAUUUUAUGCUCAGCUAUGUUGGAGCAGAUAUAGCAUCUGGACCUGUGUGGAUGGAGUAUAUUGCUUUCUUGAAGUCAUUGCCGGCAUCAAAUGCACAGGAAGAGUCAUUAAGGAUGACUGCUGUACGAAAAGCAUAUCAAAAAGCUAUUGUUACUCCUACUCAUCACAUUGAACAACUUUGGAAGGAUUAUGAAAAUUUUGAAAAUUCAGUCAGCCGUCAACUGGCAAAAGGGCUAAUAUCAGAAUAUCAACCCAAAUUUAACAGUGCCAGGGCGGUCUACCGGGAACGCAAGAAAUAUGUAGAUGAAAUUGACUGGAAUAUGCUUGCUGUACCACCAACUGGCUCUUACAAGGAAGAAAUGCAAUGGAUUGCAUGGAAAAAGUUGUUAGCUUUUGAGAAAGGAAACCCACAAAGGAUAGACAAUGUAUCAUCCAACAAGAGAAUUACAUUCACAUAUGAACAGUGUCUGAUGUAUCUGUACCAUUAUUCUGACAUAUGGUAUGAGUAUGCUACUUGGCAUGCAAAAGGUGGUUCCAUAGAUUCUGCAAUUAAAGUGUUUCAGAGAGCUUUGAAGGCUCUUCCUGAUUCAGCAAUGCUAGGUUAUGCCUAUGCAGAGCUAGAGGAAUCUCGUGGAGCAAUUCAGUCUGCAAAGAAAAUAUACGAGAGCCUUCUAGGUGAUGGUGAUAACGCGACAGCUCUUGCACAUAUACAAUUUAUUCGCUUUCUUAGGAGGACCGAGGGAGUUGAAGCAGCUCGCAAGUACUUUCUAGAUGCUCGGAAAUUCCCAAACUGUACAUACCAUGUUUAUGUCGCGUAUGCAACGAUGGCCUUUUGCCUAGACAAGGAUCCAAAGAUGGCACUCAAUGUUUUUGAAGCUGGACUGAAACGGUUUAUGCAUGAGCCACUCUACAUUCUUGAGUAUGCCGACUUCUUAACUCGUUUGAAUGACGACAGAAAUAUCCGAGCUUUAUUUGAGCGGGCAUUAAGCUCACUCCCACCAGAGGAAUCUGUUGAGGUUUGGAAACGGUUCACCCAAUUUGAACAAACUUAUGGGGAUCUUGCUAGCAUGUUGAAGGUUGAACAAAGAAGGAAAGAAGCACUUUCUGGAGCAGGUGAAGAGGGUUCUUCGGCACUAGAGAGUUCAUUGCACGAUGUUGUAUCGAGAUACAGCUUUAUGGAUCUCUGGCCUUGCUCCUCAAAUGACUUGGAUCAUUUGGCCCGACAGCAGUGGCUUGCUAAAAAUAUGAAGAAGAAUAUGGAGAAUUUUACCAAUCCUAGCGGCCUUGGGUUCAUAGAUAAGGGUACUACAGGCCUGAUAAGCAAUGCAACUGUGUCUUCGAAGGUUGUUUAUCCAGAUAUUACUCAAAUGGCGGUCUAUGAUCCACGACAAAAGCCCGGGACGGGAAUUCUUCCAAAUACGGCAGUACCUGGAAUUCCUGCUGCUUCUAGGACCUUGUCAAAUCCUGUUGUUACAAUAUUGAGUGGUCAAGCAACAAAUGCAUUUGAUGACGUAUUGCAAGCAACUCCUCCAACCUUGCUAGCCUUUUUAACAAACUUGCCUGCUGUUGAGGGUCCAACUCCAAAUGUGGAUGUUGUAUUAUCCAUUUGUUUGCAGAGUGACCUACCAGCAGCACCAGCUGGCAACGUAAAGUCGGGUACAGCCACAAUGCAAUUGCGGUCUGGUGCCGCUCCUACUACAAGUGACCUCUCUGGUUCAACCAAGCCCCAUCCCGUUCCAAGUGCUUCUUCUUUCAAGCCAAAUAGGGGCAAGAGGAAAGACGUAGACAGGCAAGAUGAUUAUGAUGAUGACACCAGAACUGUCCAGAGCCAGCCACUACCAAGAGAUGCUUUCAGAAUAAGACAGUUCCAGAAGGCGCGACGUACGGCUUCACAAACAGGUUCUGCAUCAUAUGGAAGUGCUCUUUCUGGAGAUUUAUCUGGCAACACUAGCUGAUUUACUUACAGCUUUUUUAUCUUCCUCUUCAUUCCCUAGUAUACUUUUCCUUUUUUCUUUUUUCUUUUCUUUUUUU